CAUUAGCAUAAUGCAGCAUGGUUUCUAUACUCCUCAGUGUGUCCUAUGGACAGCACAAAACUCUCUCUACUAGUCAGGAAUCUGGCCGUGGCAGAAGAAGUAGGAGAACUACUCGAUUCACUGUCGAUACGGCUGCAGAAACUGGCCAGCGCUCUGGGGACAUUUGAGGUGGAUCCAAACGGGUGCCCUGCUAAGAUUAAGCUGGGCAAGCGGGGGGAGCAUGAGAAGGAAUGUGGAUAUGCUCCAGUCUACUGCCCCAACAGCUCAGUCUGUGGAAAGAUGCUGCGCUCUGAGUUGGAUGAACAUAGGAAGACAUGUCAGUACCAGCGAUGCCCUCACUACAAGUACAACUGUCGGUUUCAAGGAACUCCUGAAGAAAUAGAGGGUCAUCUCAACACUUGCAAAUAUGAGGGAGUCAAGCGUGAUGCAACGCAGCACGGCACGACAGGGGGAAUGCGACAUUAUUGUGAACCCAGCGUAACUCUCUCUCUCUCAAUUCCUUUUGUGGUGUUGUUCUGACUGUUGGUGCAGGGUUUCCUGCAGCAGGUGGAGGGAGAGGUGAAGAUGUUGAGGGGGAGCUGGAGAAGAGAGACAGCACCGUUCACACUCUCUCCUCCUCUCUGGCCACUCUCACCUCUCGACUGGAGGAUGUAGAGAAAUCCUCGUCCGUUGAAUCAGGCAGAUUUGAGUAUCUUGAGAAGCAGCAGUCAGAGCUCAGCACCGAGUUGUCUCUCACCAAGAAAAGCCUCUCCAUCAUGAUGAGGGAGUUGAAGGUGUUCAGACAACAGAUGGGAGUAACUGGACUGAUGGACCAGCAGCAUCUCUACAAGUGCCAGGGGACCUUUGUCGGCCACAAGGGUCCAGUGUGGGCACUGGCCAAGUUGAAUGACAUGAUCUUCAGCGCCUCAGCUGACUGCACCAUCAAGGUCUGGGACCUGAGUGCCACAUAUGCUGGACCUCGGACUCUGACUGGUCACGCUGACAUUGUCCUCGCUCUCUUUGUUCACAAUGAGACCCUGUUCAGUGGUUCCAACGACCUGACGGUAAAGGUUUGGAAUCUGGACACCUUCAAGAUCGACGUCUCGUUCCAGGCUCACGACGACCCAGUCUGCACCCUGUCAGCCAGCGAUACCUACCUUCUCAGUGGCUCCCUCAAGAGCAUCAAGGUGUGGGACAGGAAGAGCUAUUCUCUGGUGAAGACUCUGCCGACUCAGAACCACUGGGUGCGGAGCCUCCAGGUCUCAGGGAAAUACCUCUACUCCGGUUCCUACCAGGCAGUCAAGGUGUGGAGUCUUGAGAGUUUGGAGGUGGCUCAUGUCCUGAAGUGCAAGGGAGCAAGUGUCUAUUCUCUUGCCAUCACCAACAAGGAUAUCAUCUGUGGGACUUACGAAAACACCAUACAGGUGUGGGAUGUGCGGACUCUGCAAGAGAAAGGCACAUUGACAGGACACACUGGGGCUGUGUAUGCACUGGCAGUUCUGAACACGCCUGGUAGAGAGAGACUGUUCAGUGCCUGCUAUGACAAGACAAUCAGAGUGUGGAACCUGGAGCUGAUGAUGUGUGCCCAGACCCUAGUCCGCCACGAGGGCAGUGUGACGUGUCUCCUGGCCUCAGGUGGCCGCAUCUUCUCAGGAGCCAUCGACAACAUGAUCAAGUUGUGGCAGUGACGUAAAGACCCUCCAAUUUGUAUACAAGACCAAGCAAACUGCUUUAGCAUUUUCAUUUUCACAAAUACCAUUUCUCAAUCUUUUUUCACCUGCAUUACAAGUAUGACAUUGUACUAAUCAAUAAAAUUAAUGAUGACUUAAUAUCAAGACUCCAUAAAUCCUAUUGCAGCACUUUAAUGAUAUUCAUGGAUGAAAGUCACCACAACUAGUAUAAUGUAGUCAAUACAAGGAGAUGCCAGUAGGGAAGACAUACUUUCCAUCUUCAGUCCGCCGCUUUCUCUUCUUAUGCAGAGAUUCAGACACCUUUUCGACCCGCUGCAUGGGACAUGCUUUCUCUGUUCACCCCAGAUGGACCUCACUUCCUCCUUCAGAGAAGUGCACUCCUAUAGAGUGUGUCUGUUGCCUACAUAUAUAGGAGCUGCUCGAUGAUUUGGAUUAUCUCCUCGACUCCCCUGGUUCUCCGCCAGCAGUGCUUCAGGAGCUCCUCUCUGGUGAUCGCCUUCCUCGCAACUUCUCCCAAGGGUUGGAGAUCCCUGACGCCGCCAG